CCACGGCACACCCACCCUCUAUCCAGAAGCCGAAGGCGACGGGCGGAUGGGUGCCGUGCGCUUUUCCGCCCCCGUACGCCUCAGCAGCCUGCGCGUCAUCCCCGACGGCGUCGAGUGUCCUGGUGGCGUCGGUCACACCUCGCCUGGAGAGUUCACCCUCGAAAUCCUCCUCAACGUUGCUCCCUCAGACCCGGUGAAUGCGCUCGCGCGCACCUCUGCGCGCGUCACUGCCGCCCCGCACGCAUUGGAGUAUGCGCUCGACAUGCCGGAAGGCACUGCGACCCGCCUUGUGGUCCUCCGUGCGCCGGCACGCCGCAUUACGCUGAGUUUGUACGCACACGCGGAUGAGGCGACGCCUAUGCCCACGGCAAGAGCACACUCGCCUAUCGCGGCCUUGAAGCCAUGUCCACUGCGCUUCGCUGCGCCCGACACGCUGCUUGCCUCUCUUUCAUCUCUUGAUGGAGACGGGAAACGUCGCGCGCUCGCAGCACUCGCCCUCCUCGCCCAGCGGGACUGGACACUAGUUGCCGCGCUGGCAUCUCCACACAUUCGGAGUCUUCUCGAAGAGGGAGGCGAGGCCGCAUCUGCAUCAAUUCUCGGCCUUGAUACACCACAUGGAUCCCAACAAUCUCUCGCCGCCCUUCUCGCCCUUCCGUCCAACCCGUGGGGUACAGUCUACCCUUUAACAGAGGCGCCGCUGGCCCGCGUCCUCCGUCUCGCCGAGGCGCAAGCGGCUAGCACGCAUCCUCGGGCAGGAGAAGCUUUGGCAACCACCAUCGGACGUCUCUUCGCUGUUCUAGAGGCACAUCCAUCAGGCCCAGCUGCAGCGCGGCUGACGCGCGCUCUCCCACCCCUCGUCGCGAACGCGGUCACCCGUGGGUCACAAGUAUCUCUGCCAGCCUCUCUGGACGCGCGCGUCGUUCUUCGUGCCCUCUUGCCCGCCACCGCCACCGUGGCAGCGGGUAUGUCGUGCGCACCCGCCGCGCAGGUACUGGCGGCACCCUUCCUCCCACUUCUAUCCAAACAUGACCCCUUGCGGCGGGCGUGGGAGCCAUCAGCUCUCCGCUAUGCGCCCAGCGCCAGCGCCUCCCCAAUGCCUCGCGCAUCCCCACUGCCCACUGUACAUGUCGACCCGCCACAGGAGUCGCAGAUCUCCCCUGCUACAGUGUCGCGCGUCCAGCGCUGCCUGGAUGCACGCUCUGGCUCCAUUCUGCUCUCGCCCACGCCUGCCGAACUGCUGGCUGCCAUUGCACCCGGCUUGCUUGGCGCACUCUCGACGGCGAAAACGCCGCCGCUCGGCAUACCCGCGUCGCGCGCGGCACAUGGGAGCGCUAGCGACUACGCCGGCAAAGUGUACUCGGCGCACGAGUUCCGGCGGGAGCGUGAGAUGGUCUCUGGCCUGGGGGUGGGCGCGUCGAGUGCGGGGCGCAAGGCGAGCCGGCACGUGGAUGACUUUGGGUCGUAGGCGGAGCCUCCAGGCGAGGCAACGACGACCGUCCUACAUAUGUAACAAUACAUGCAGCGUUG